AUGGAUAACAGUACAACAACUAUAUUCUCUGCUCCAGUGGUACAGAGCAGGCUCGAACACCACCACUUACAACAACAAAAACAAUUAUUAAAACCACAUAAACCGGAAGCAAGACAUCAAAGAUCAAAAUCAAUAAAUAAAGGGAAGCGUGGUCAUCCUCUUCACAAUAAUUCUUCUAGUCCAUCUAAUCAAUCAAAGGAGAGCUCUGUGCCUGUGGUUUCUGUCUCGGCCAGUGAUUGCUCUAAUUCUUCUCGUUUGAAUACAAAAUCUAAUUUUAAUAAUCGUGUUGAUAAUUUCGAUUCUUUGCGUGGAGAUUCUAAAUUCCCCGACUUCUCUUUAUCGAAUAAUUUCAAUAAUCCUGGUACUAUUGAUGAUUCUUAUUUGUCAACUAAUAAUUCUAUCGAUAUCAACAACAAACCUGUCGUAAGAAGGUCAAGUGAAAGACGUCCAUCAAGAAAGCAUAAUCAUAGUGAUUCUAAUGGUGAUGAUAAAUUUAGAAAUGGCCCUCAAGUCACGAUCCUCAAAAGACCUCAAUCUGCUACCGAUUUUGUAAGAUCUUCUAAUAAUAAUAAUGUUACUCCCUCUAAACCUUUUCUUGAUGUUACUCGUGAAGAACAUGAUUAUCAACAUCCCUCUGCGGUUGGUGAUUAUUCUAAAGAACGCCGUCGCUCUGACGUCUCCCCUUCAAAAUCUUCUAAAUGUUCUCAACGGCGUAAAGAUGUAAAAUCCACGUCUGGGAUUUUACAAGUUAUUGAAUCUUGCAAUUAUGAACAACAGGAUUCUAAUAAAGAAUCUGAUGUAAAUAGUAUUUUAUUAAAUCCAUCUAUGAAGUCGUCUUAUUCGCCAAAGAUCGACCCUGUUUGUUUAUCUGCUCCUCCUCAGCAAACGAACAACAACAGCGCCUUUUAUUUUCCUCCUCUCAACUAUUCUAACGCGAUUCUUGCUCUCGAAGAAGAAAUGCCAUCUACUUCUCCGGAUAGACUCAUGGCAUCAAAACUUUAUGCUGGUCCUACCUUCCAUAAUUCUCCUGCUCCUAGUGAUUUGCCUUUACCAUCUUUCCUCAGUAAACCUCCUAGCAAGGAAUCUAGUCCUAUGACUCCUAAUGCUGUCUUGCCAGUUUUCACCCCGUCAAGGGUCCCGUCGCCGUCUUUGUCCUCUGGCAAUUCCUCUGAUGACGAUAUGUUUACUAUGGAUGAUGUAGAACCUGAUGCCGUUAGAUAUUCUGAUAGAUUUUAUACCGUGCGAAAACAAGAGUCUUCUGAACUUCUCCGUAUUUUAUCGGAUCGUCAAUAUAAUUCAUCCUCCGCAUACAUGGUUCCCGAACGUAUGGCCACUUCUCAUAACCCGACUCAAGUUUACCCUACCAGAGAUGGAUUGUCGUUGACCGAAAUUUCGGAAA